GUGUGAUGCCGACUCGAAUCGAAGAAGCGGUGGCCGUUCAGCGCAAGUCCCCGCGUUAAGCGCUGCGGAGGCCCAACAAAGGUCAGUGGCCUCGGUAGACCUCCGCAGGGUUUGCCUCUGACUCCUCCCUUACGACGGUCGCGACCGCGCCGCACUACUUUCGAAAAACAUGGCCGCUCCUGGUGGAUCGCCCCGGGCUCCACCGCCGGGUUUUCCCCCGGGCCCGCCGGGGAUCCCCGGCGUGCGGCCCGGUUUCCCGCUGCGGCCCACCGGACUGACGCCUCCCGGUGCCUCGCCUGGUCGGGGUCUACCACCUCCCGGUGGCUUUCCUGGCCGGGGUUUUCCGCCAGGCGGCUCCCCUGGCCGGGGUUUUCCGCCCGGAGGAUCCCCUGGAAGGGGUCUGCCUCCUGGUGGCUCGCCUGGAAGGGGUUUUCCCCCUGGUGGCUCGCCCCUGCGACCCGGCUUCCCGCCAGGUCCACCGCCAGGUCCACCGACAGGCCUCACGCCUCCCCGUCCGCCGGGCUUCCCUCCGCUACCCCCGCCGCCCCCGCCGGGGCUUGAGGCCGGAGUGCCGCCACCGCCCGAGGGUGGCGCUCUGCCGCCGCCGCCGCCGCCGCCGCCGGCCGCGCCCGCCGGCUCCGCCGACCCCGACCGAGAAGCGCUCGUUAAGAGAUCCAAAGAGGAGCUGCAGCAGCUCAUCGCCAAAAAGCUCGAGGCUUGGGACAAACUGGCGCUGUCCAAGGAGAACGAGGAACGAAUCGACGCUUUGCGGAAGUUCAUGACAAUUAACAAGGACGAAGUCGAACUUGCGGGCAAGGUAGGUCCGAAAGAUAAGCUCGUUGAAAUGAUGGACACAAGACUAAAGCUGGCAAAAGACACCAUAGAUGAGAUAAAUGCCGAGAUAAAGAAAGAAACUGCCGAUAGGCUCAAGACUCUUGACAAAUGGGAGAAAGGUGCCAUUCAAGACAUCAAGAAACUUAACCGAAUGGAGUCGGAGCUGGCUAUGCGUUUGUCGAAAAGAGGACGGCGCCUUGAGCCUAGAUCAUCAAUGGGCCAGAUGGACGAUACAGAAGGAGACAUGGAUGACAUGGACAGAGGCUGGGACCGUGGACGCGAGAGGGAUAUGGAUCGGAGUCGAGAUCGGUAUCGAGACCGAGACCGUGACAAAGAUCGUGAUAAAGACCGUGAUAGAGACCAUGACAGAGACAGCGACAGGGACAACGAUAAGGACCGUGACAGGGACCGUGACAAGGACCGUGACCGCGACCGUGACAGGGAUCGCGAGGACCGCGACAGAGAUCGUGACAAGGACCGCGACAGAGACCGUGACAGGGACCGCGACAGAGAUCGUGACAGAGACCGAGAUCGCGACAGGUCACGAGACCGGGGUAGAGAUAGCGAUAAGAGACGCCAGAGCGACGUAGACCGACAAAAGGGAAAGGAAGCAACUGAGAAGCAGAAGAAAGAGUCAGAAGAAAAAGUAAAGGGAAAAGUGCAACGAGUGAGCAUGAUAGAACUUCAGACAGGGGAUUCACAGGUGUGUGACGACAACCUGCUGAAGUUGCACGAGCUAGAAUUUAGAAUUGCCAAUGACAUGCUCAAAGGUAAAUACAAAGGCAAGAAAGGCCGCGAACUUACUUCGAAAGAACUUAAGGAAAAACUACGCAGGCUGUGUGACCUGGAAGUUCAGAUUGCAGAUGAACUAUUCGGCCAGGAAUCCGAAGCAUCAGGAACUAUGGAUGUUGAAGGCACCAUCACGAAGGCUACCCUCAAGCGCUCGCCCGGCGAGAGGGAAAGACGAGGCAGCCGUGACGUGGAUCGAGAUUCAGACAGAAGAGACUACGGAGAACGGAGAGACUACUACGAACGCAGGGACUACUAUGAUCGUCGUGACUAUCCACCAGAAUACGUGGAUCAGUACGGCGGUCAAAUAGAUUAUAAUGCUCCGGCGGAGUUCCGUGCUGACUACAGACAGAUGACAACAACGAUGCAACCGCCGACGCAGCCGAUGCCUCAGAUGCAACCUAUGCCUCCGAUGCAACCGAUGCCUCAGAUGCAACCGAUGCCUCAGAUGCAACCGAUGCCACAGAUGCAGCCUUUGCCACAGCCACCACCCGCAGCACCUCAGCCAAUGACACAAACAGUAAUUCAACGAAGUGGUCCAGGACCUACCCUGGGAGCAGUUGAAGAAAUUGGUAACGACUUGGUUCGCCACCAGGAAAAUAUCGAAGUGUCCGGUGAAUCUGGUGUUCAGGUAAUCAAGCACACCACGCACUCGGAGUUAAUCCGCUGCGGAUCGGCGGAGCCUCACGCCAUGCAGAUUCCAUCCAAGCCAGCUUUUUCUGUUGAGAGCAUUGAUCCCGGGCGAAAACCCAUCGUGGCUACUUUCGAGCAGGUAGCUGACGAUCAGCAGACUGUCGUGAAGCUCAAGACUGCCAUCGACAUUGAGAUUAUACCACAAGGCGCCAAGCAGCCUAUGUCCAUGGCAGAGAAGACUGAGGUACUGACGCGUUCUAAAGCUGAAGAGACCGAGGAGGAGGAACCACCACCUCCCCCUCCAAAGAAAAAGCGCUCCAAGGAAGCUCAGCGGGCACGUUCCCCGAGCGCAGUCCGGUCGCCGAGCCCUCCCGUGAUCGAAGAAGAGGAUGAAGACGAUGACGAUGAACCGUCGGGGCCGCGCAUCCCGGAGCUAGCCGACCGCCGCGUGACCACUGAUGACGAAAUUCCGCCGGGACCGUCCUUCUGGCAGUGGAUCUGCCAAAGCAUAUACUCUCCCCGAGGAGGAGCUCGUUGCAACGUGACCGCCGAACGGCAAGACCGGCCAAUGCCCCAGAAUCGGGGCCGAUCGCGGAGUCGGGACCGCGAUGAGAGGGUCCGCGAGAAAGAGGAAGAGUUGCGCCAGCUGAUCGACAGCGUCAUCAAGGUUUCUCAAGAUGUCAUCCUCGCACGGCGUGCCAUUGAGCUCGGCGGCGUCGGCGAGGACCGUUGCUUGGGCAACAUGCUGGAAGCCGAGGGCAAGUUGCGCAACUUAAUCGACCUGGAGAUGAGACUGGCAAAUGAACUCUCCAACUUCAGAAACUCUGACAUGGUAGCCAACGAAGAGUCGCGUAUAAGCGUACUCAACGCUGAAGAGAAAAUCCGUCAGUUGAUCGACGUCGAGUCUCGUCUAGCGGAAGGCUUCGUAGCCGAGCGCAAGUCCUCAGUCAAGUCCAAAAUCUCCGAUGCCAUGUCUGAAGGCGCCCUGCGCAACUUCGCCUUUGAAGAAACAGCUCACGGCACAGAAGUGCGUGGGAUGCCGAAGAAUGUGCCGAAGAAGCCUCGCAAGCUACUACCUCAUAUGCUUCCAGACAGUGCACCCGGACGGAAGCCCAAGGCCGCUGACGAUGAGAGCCGAAAAUGCCGACGCAAGAAGGGUGCUGACACGGACGACGACAAUGAGCCGGACGAGCGGCGCAGCUCGCGACCGGCGCGGCCCAGGUCCCGGCGGCGGGAUGACGCGGCGGAGGAGGACGAGAUGCGGACGCCGCGCCGCAAGAUCCGGGAGCAGGACAUCGAGUUGAAACCGAGACGACCCAAGCCGAGAAGUCGAUUGCAGCAGGUCGAAGACGACGAAAACGACCAUUCACGCCAGUGGCUGCGCAAACGCUCCUCCAAGACUCGCAAUGCCGACGAGGACGAAGAUUCCUCCUGGGUGCGACGAGGCAGUCCAGCGCUCCGCAGACGCCGGGACCAGGACCGGUCACCCAAGAGGCGUGGGAGCCCGAACAAGUCGACGCACAGGCAGCUGAUCAAGGUCCAGGAAGGCGUGCCCGUCAAAAUCAGCCUCAGCGGAAAGAUGCUCGAAGGAAAGAAAAGGCGUUCCAAGUCAGGUGACAAUUUUACGGAGACGGCGCCAGACACUACGCGGAAGAGCGCCAUUUCUGUGACCGAGGUAUCGUCAUCUAUCUCCAUCAGCGAAUCCAUCACGGAAGCCACGACAGUGGUGCAGAAAUCUUCGAGCGAUGGAACCAUCAUCGGCAAGCGCUCCAUAACGUUUGGAACUCCACGAACCAGACCUGCCAAGGCGCGCACGCCCUCCAGCGGUGCCCGUUCGGGCAAGGGCUCUAGCCAGGUUUCCGUGCUGACUGUGUCCAUUAGUGACAGUGAGGACGUCGAUCCCCGUGGACCACCACAAUCCAGGAGAGCGCGUGCUGUCCUGGCACCAAGGUCGCGGCCGGAGAGCCCCCCAUGGACAUCAACGCGGCCAACUCAGCACGUGACGCGGUCGUGCAGCCGCCACCUCGCCAUGCAGAGGGCGGCGCAGAUGCGCGGCUACUCGAGAAGCCCUUCGCCUAAGCCCGGCUACUCGUUGGCAUCGGGGCGCAUGUACUCGGCAAGCCCUACACGUGUGCGCAGUCCCAUGCGUGUGCCGAGCCCUCGGAGGACGGUGUUUCAAGUCGUGGAUGAGAGCGCCUACUAUGCCGAGCCAGUGGUUCGUGACCGCGCACGCCUUCUGCGUCGCGAAGACCAACGCUUCCAGAUGAGCGCUGACGAUCCAAAGCCUCAGCGCGACGGCAAAUGGCACGAGCCGAAGCUUCGUGUGAGCUACGCGGCUCGUGUGCCAUCCCGUGGCAGCCAUUCAGAGAGUUCUCUCAGCUGCAGCGUGUCCUCAAAAACAGCACUGGACUACGAGCGGGGCGAUAGCCCACCAGGAUAUUAUCGGACCGCUUCCCAGCUCGAUCGAUACCGUGAACCAUCGAGGGCAAAGUCAUACAGUUCGACCCCACAACUUUGUUACGAGGAAUCGCCUUCGAGAGCGUAUCGCGAUCAUUCACCUAUUAGAGGUUACGUGGAAGGAUUUCGAAAUGCUUCUGGUGUAACCACACACGGCCGUGACGUUUCACUAUCAAGAAUCAGCGGAUACUCAUCGCCGAAAGCAGGCCAUCAGGGCUCGACUGGAAAAAUGCUAGUCAGCGUCAGCUCCUCAAGACUAGUCCGUAGCGCGUCCCUCCCCAGAGACAGCCCUAGCACCUCCUCUCCGAGGGUCUCUCGCAGAGGCUCUCCGUCAAGGCUCGCUCGUGAGGCCAGUGCUCUCAGAGGUGCACGUAGCACAUCACCUCGUCAAAGUCGCAGUACGUCCCCCCGGAAACCAGAUGCGUCGCUAGCAAGAAUAAAGGUUCGAGCUGCGUCAUCGUUGCAUCUUGGUUAUGAGACAUCAUCAUCUCGUACGGAAAGUUCACGCAGAGUGACCCGGAGAGCCUCUCCGGAUUGGCUCGAACGUAAUGGUUUGUUUUCGAAUGGGCCUUUGUCCCCGCCACCACCAAAACCCCCAGUGCCUCCACCAAUGCCACCUCCUAAAGGUUUCUCAAUGGGACCGCUUGGUUUCGAGAGCACGAGCACGUCAGCUUCAGCCAUACGUAUAACCAUGUCCCCACCUCCCAUGCCCCCUGUCCCGCCCAUGUUGCCGCCUCCAACACCAACUGAAAUAGCAGCUUUGCAGGCUGUAACGAUAACGAUGAAAGAUCUGGGACGAGAGCCAAGUUCCUCCGAGCAUGAGCUGUGCGCCGCGGAACUUCAGCGUCAGAUACGGCAGAAGCAGCAUCUUCAACUUGAGCAAAUGCUUCAACUUCAACAAACGCAGGAUUUCCAUCCACUGCAGGAUGUCGAUGAACAGCAGUUGCAGCAGCAACUUCAAGAGCUGCAGAAAGUUCUGCAACAACAAGAAGGUGCACCGGUACUCCAGGUGCAAUUUCAAAGCCCGGCUGAUCCAUCCGGGAAGCCUUCAACGCCGCUAGCUCAGUCUGUGCUUCAAGUGCAGUUUCAAAGUCCAUCACAGCCAGUGCCUCAAGUUUUUCAAGCUCAAAUACCGACACGAGCAGAGAGCCCCGGUGUGAUACAAGUUCAGCUCCAAAGUCCAAUGGUACCUUCGGAACCACAGCAGACUGAGUCCUUCAGUCAGAUUACUUCGCGUGUUGCGCAUCCAGAGCAACCAGGAGUACUGCAGGUCCAGCUUCAAAGUCCAUUAGACCCCAGAGUUUCCACUCAACAAACUGCGCAAUCAAUUUUACAAGCGCAGCUUCAGAGUGCCAUGGAUUUUUCUGCGCUGACGGGAACUUCGCAAGUUGACCAGCUCGGAGUCCUCCAGAGCCCUUUAGAGCCAAAAAGCACAGCAUCGGAUCAAACAGGACUCUUUCAGAUGCAACUGCAAGGGUUAAUGGAUUUUUCUCAACAGCCACUCGCACAGUUACAACAAUCUGAUCAACUUGGAGCAAUGCAAGCACAGCUGCAAAGCCAGCUAGGGUUGCCCAUGCAAGCGACAUCUCAGGCUCAACAACCUGAGCAACCCGGCGUCAUCCAAAUGCAAUUUCACAGUCCAUCAACGGCUUCUACGGGGUUCAUUGGCGAACAGACGGCGCAAACUUGCCAGCUUGACCAGUCAUUCCUGCAGCAAUCAACGCCACAAAUGGAUUUUAGCGGUCAGCUAAUGCCUCAAGUCCAUGUGGCCGGUUCGGCAAUGCCGCAAAUUGGAUCUCCAUAUCAAACAAUGUCCCAGAUUCAGCUUUCGAUGCAUCAAACAGAGCAGCUUGGUCAGCUUCGUCCAUCAAUGCAGCAAACUGGAUUUCCUGGUCAGCAAGUAUCUCGUGGUCAACAGCCAGAUCAGUUGUUUCUUCAAAUGCAGGCACAAAGUCCACUGAUGCCUUCAGUAGACUUCUCCAACCAGCCAUUGCUGCAGCCUCCUUUUCCAUGUCAGCAAAUGUCGCAAGAGCAAGAACUUGCCCAGAAUUUACUUCUAGAACAACAGAAAAGGCAAUUCUCACUGCAAAUGAAUCUCGGAAAGUCCUCGAUGUCUAACUUCAUGCAGGAAUCAGUACAAGCCAUGCAAGCAUCAAGACAUCGGAUGCCUUCACCGCAAGCUGAUAUGCAAGGAAUGCAGGACUGGACCCGUGAGCAAAUUCCAGGGGAACCUAUGCGACACUUGCAAGAGUGGGGGUCAGCGAUGCAUAUGCCAGGGCCACCUAUGCGAGAUGGCAGACGUCAGGCCAUGGAUCAAAACCAGUUGUUCAACCAAACACCACCACAAGAACUUUCGUUCAGCCAUGGAAUGCCUCGAAGGGUAGCACCAAGUCCUUCAGUGAAAAUUUUGAAUGAAAUGAUGCAGGAAGGUCUCCUUGCUAGUCGAUCAUCGCCGCAGGUGCAAAUCGCCGAACGAAGAAUGGAAGUCCAGCCCUCAGCAGAGACGCGUUUCCGGGACCCGCUUCAACAGCAGCUGCUACGGCAGAGAUCCCAACCACACACUGUAGUUAUGUUUCAGAAGUCUGAUCGGGAUAUUCGCCUUCCUCGACAAGAGAGGAUGCCACAGCCAAGGAGUAGCGAACCGCGCAUGCCGCGCUUUCCGUGGUGCAGCCCCGAGGAAAUGGGGAAACAGCCGCCCUUCUGGUGUACACCUCAGCGAAGGUCGCCACCCUCGGAUACAUUCCCGCAUGCGCUAUCACCACAGACGCCUUCCAGAGCGGAGGUGUACCCUGAAAUGAUUUUUGGAUCGCCGUUUAUGCGUUUUCCUCGACCAUUUAUGAUGCCUAUGCCUUCGCCUAUACUACCCAGGAGACUUCCGGGGCUCCAGGCUCACCAAAGCUUCUUGCGCCAUGUCCGUUCCCAGGGCGGACCUCGUGAAUCCACUCCACAACUGGUGCAGCAAUCGGAGCAGCCUAAAACGCCUCAGAUGCUUCAGACGCCGCAACCGCAGCAGCCACCACAAACGCAGCCGUCGCCACAAACGCAGCCGUCACCAGAAUCGCAGCCGUCGCAGUCACCGAAACAGAAGCUGCCGAAGCCAUCGCAGUCAUCGCAAUCCCCGCAGCCUGCGCAAACACCGCAGCAGCAACAGCAGCCUCCGCAGGAGCAGCAGCAACAGCCGAAACAAGUUCACCAAAAGCUCCAGGAAACAGCGCAAAAUAGUGAGCCGUGUAUGCAGCAGAUUCCGCUACCUGUGACAGGCUACGAACCUACAAUGCAAGGGCCUCCGUUUCCGAGGUUUCCGUUCGGUAUGCAGCGACCUCGCUCGUGCACACCUCUCAGAACACCAUCUCCUCUUCCACCGAGACCCCCCUCCCCGUCGUUCAGUCCUCGGUCGCCACCACCGCGGUUUCCCGACUUGCGUCAGCUUGAAUUCCAGACAAGGCUGCAGCAACAGAUCUUAGACCAACAGCAGCAGCAAAUGCAGGAGCAAAUGAUGGCCGCAGCGCGCCUACAAUGUCCACCAAGGCCGCCAAGAAGUCCCGCUAGCCCAGUCCCAAUGCACCGAAGCUCGCCCAAUCUUUUGCCCCCGUAUGGAGAACAAAUGUUUAUGCAACAGCAGAUGCAAGAACAGUACCGUAUGCAAAGAAUGCAGCAAGCCAAUCAGAUUAAUCGUCUUCGGGACAUGGGAAGCGAUACUGAUGGCGGAGGUUACUUGCGCCGAAAGAUGCUCAGCGGUACAAAAAGCAGCUUGCCUGACAUGGUCAGUCCGUCAGAUUAUGGCAAUACUACUGUCAACACAAAAUCAUUGGCAGCUGCAUCAAACUUGAUAGAAAAAAGGAAGCCACCGCCGCUCCCACCGCACAUGCAUGCGCACCCACAUGCACAUAGGAAACAGAACUAUCGGCAUGCUGCAAUCGAAACGAGAAUGCGCAAUUCUCAAACUGAGAUGGUUGUUUAUUUUGUAGUGUUACUAGCCACAAUAAUUGGUCUCUGGACGGUAUUGGACAUUUACGGACGACGUACUGCUGUGCACUCAUUAAAUGGAAGUUACAUAGCAAUUCCCAACGCUACCAUGAAGGGUUUCAGAGACGGCUCAGGCCAGAACGGCGUUCCUGUCAACGUAAGCGGACAACCUGGCUUUGAGCUAUGUAGUUCAUCAGCAUGCCUAGCCGAAGGCAGCUACGUGUCGCACCAGCUAAACUGGAACGUGAACCCCUGCGAAAGCAUGUACGAGUUCGUAUGUUCGAACAGCCCGGUCAAACCAACUGAUGAAUUGCUUCUGUCCGACAUGGAAAUUUCGCUGCUGCGCAAGCUUCGAGGUACAUCCACUGCAGGUAGCCCUGCAACGAAGCUUAUACAAGACCUCUGGAAAGAGUGCCUAGAUCAAGAGACACGCAAUCGCCUAGGUUGGGGCCCCCUGAAGCACAUGUUCAAGGCUACAUCAUUGGCAGACUGGCCGUACCAGCAGUUCACCACACAAGGAGAGCCCGCUAUCUGGCAGGCCGCGGCUCGCGCACUGCGCUACUUCGGCUUGGCCACGCUAGUUUUGUUAGAGCCCAGUGAACACCCUUUGUUGGGACGCAGCCCUCUGCUGGCCUUGGACAAGCCCGUUCUGCUGAUGCGUCCGGGAAAUGACAGCUCCUGGUACUACGAAGCAAUUUCCUUGGCCCUAUCUUCAGUAGCUCGCAAGAGUAUUGCCAAACACUCGAUAGCUCUGGACGUGACAAACUUCGCGCGGCAGCUGGCAAGCGUUGUGCGGUCGCCUGGGGCAUCGGGAGACUUGGGCCGUGACACCAAGCUGGAGCGCCUCCGCAGUGUCCCUCGCUACCGGGCAUUGCUGGCGGGCUUCCUGCAGAAUGACAGCCUCGUGAACGAUGAUACUGAGCUACUCCUGAGGGCGCCAGAGUACGCUAUCCGCCUCGGCUACCUGCUGGAUGACACGGCGCCGCACGUGGUGUUGAACUACAUCGGGUUCCGGCUGCUGGUUCACGUGUCGCCGUUUGUUCCCGAGUCGCUGCGCAAGCUGGUGCCUCUGCGGGCUCGGCAGCUGGGACUGGGCGACCGUGGCCCGGGACAGUUGGUGUGCCUGCGUGCUGUCGAGCACGCGCUGCCCACGGUUUUCUACCGCGCGGCGUACGAGUUGCACCGGCCACUGCUGGACGCACUGCUUGCGGCCGACCUGGGCGGUGUGCUGAAGCAGGCGUUGGCGUCACGACUGGCACUCCUGCGCUGGCUGGACGGCGAGACGCGCGACCGUGCUCUACAGAGGCUUCACCAGCUCGACCCUCGUCUGUUGUUCCCACCGUGGGUGACCGACACAGCGAAGGCAGAGCACGACGUUCGCCAGGCGCCACACGUGAUCGUGGGCGAAGGCCUCCGAUCGUACGCACGCAUCACCAAGCAUCUGAUGCAUCGCCGGCUGCAGAGCGCCGACCCGUGGCUCGGCCAGCCGCCUUCAGACGACCAGUGCUGGCUAGGUCCCGGUCGCCGCAUCCUCUACGUACCACUGACGGCACUGAAUGCGAGUGCGCCGGCUCAGGAGCCCUUCGUGUUGUUGCAGCUGGCGCGGCUGGGCGAACGUGCGGCGCGCUGCCUCGUACGCCUGGUCCUGGACGGUGCCGGCAGCCGUGCCGAGGACCCGCGAGCAUGGUGGACGCCUGCGGCGCGCCAGGGUCUCGCGGAGCUGCGCAAGUGCUACGCGCUGCAGAGCCGCGGCGACCGGCCCGCCGCCGCCGAGGAGAGCGCCGCCCUGGUCGUGGCUCACACCGCAUUCGAGGCACGCAUGCCGGCGCUCGACUUCCGGCUCGAAAACGCGGUCUCCAUGUCCCUGGACCAACUCUUCUUCAUCCACUACACGCUCGGACACUGCACCGCCGACUCCGAUGUGGCGCGACGCGUCAAUUUGGCCCUGCUCAACUUCGGCGGUUUCCAGCGAGCGUUCACUUGCGACGCUGGCACUCCGAUGAACCCACGCAAGAACUGUGACUUCUGGUGAAUGGUCCCGGUGCGCGGCCGAAAUUUUUCCAAGGGCUGGCGAGCUGGCCGCGAGUUCUAUAAAGCAUGUGCCCUCACUUGUUCCUUGUUACAACGCGUGGUAAUCGACUGCGCCGGAAGUCGGCCACACGUACACACAAGCUAACAUGUGCACCAGGCAUGUGCAGGGGCCUUUUUGCAAUUGUACGUGAGAAAAAUUUUUUUUUUUGCAUGUGUGUUCAAAGGGCUUCAGAACGGGGUUGGUUGUUGCGAAUAAAGUUUGUGUCGGGUGGGUCAGA